GGGACGGUGAGCUGCGCGAUGAAAUGCACGAGAGACACGAGAUUCUCUGCUUUGAGAUGGAGGCGGCAGGCCUCGCGAACAGGUUCCCCUGCCUUGCGAUCUGCGGGAUCGCGGACUAUGCGGACACUCAUAAGAACAAGCAGUGGCAGCCAUAUGCUGCUUUGACGGCGGCCGCGUACGCCAGGGAUCUUCUUGGUGUGAUCUCGCCUCAGGUAGUGGAAGAAUCGGAGUCGGCGAGCAAGCAGUGUACGUUGCAACUUCAUGUGCAGGGCGCCGGGCAGAAGCCACGAGCGUUGCUUGGAUCGGAAAGUUCCAUUGACCAUGUAUUUUUGAGCCUAUAGUAAAUGAUACCAUGCG